UGCUCCACUGUCCCCUCCCCUGUUCCUCUACUAUGUUGAUAAACUGAAUCUGAAUGAAUGAUUAGUGAAUCUGAUUUAAUUGCCUGAUUGUUUGAAUAUAAAUAUGCAUGUAUGAAUCUGUUUGCAUUGGUUGUUUGCAUUGCCUAAAUGUAUAGGAUGUCGAUAGAAGCUGCAGCUGCAGCUGCACCUGAAAAUGAAACAGAGGAAGUGAAUCUCCUGAAAAGAAAUUCAGAUGAUGUUGGAUGGCAAUUUGGAGUUCUUGUUGAUCCUGGAAACAAGGACAAGGUGAAGUGUAAAUUCUGUGGCAAGGUGAGUCAAGGAGGGGUUUAUCGACUGAAGCAGCAUUUGGCCCAUGAAGGAAAGAAUGUGGCGAAGUGCAAGGCUACAACACUGCAGGCUUUGGAGGCUAGAGAAAAGUGCAAGAAAGCACUAGAAGAUGCAAAAAGGAAGAGGGAGGAGAAGACAGUCCAUGAGCUAGAACUUAGACAGGAAGUGAAUGUGUCAAGGAUUGGAGAGUCAGAGGAAGUCACUUGUGUUGGUAGUUCAGAGCCUCACAAAUUAGGACCUAUUGACAAAUGGACACGUGCUAUUGAUCCUAAAGCUACCAAGACAGAUUCUUUGAAGCAACAACAACUCAACAAGAAACUUUGGAAAGAAAGAACACAUGAGGUGCAUAAGUAUAUUGCAAGAUGGACCUAUAAUCAUGCAAUAUCUUUCAAUGCAUGUGACAAUGAUGACUUCAAGAAAAUGUGUGAAGCAAUUGGAAAGUUUGGUCCCGGACUUGUACCUCCAACUGCUAAUUCACUGCGAGAGGGAUUGAUGGAAGAAGAAUAUGCAAGAACCCAGAGUUUGUUGCAGGAACGUGAAGCUGAGAAGUUGAAAAAUGAGUGCUCUAUAAUGACUGAUGCUUGGUCAGAUAGGAAGAGGAGAAGCAUAAUGAAUUUGUGCACUAAUUGUGCUGAUGAAACCACCUUCAUCAGCUCAAUAGAGAUGUCAGCUGUGUCACACACAAGUGAAGUCAUUUUUGAACUAGUGGACAAAGCAAUUAAAUACAUUGGUGCAGACAAUGUGGUGCAAGUUGUGACUGACAAUGCUUCUAACAACAUGGGAGCCAAGAAGCUAUUGCCUGAGAAGAGACCACAGAUAUUUUGGACAUCUUGUGCAGCUCACACAAUCAACUUGAUGCUCCAAGGAAUUGACAACUUGCCUCGGUUCAAGAAAGUGGUUGACCAAGUAAAGGCAUUUACCAUAUUUGUCUAUGGCCACACAAGAACAUUAGAGUGCUUGAGACACUUCACAGAGGGGAAAGAGGUAGUGAGGCCUGGAGUGACUAGGUUUGCUUCAAACUUUCUCACUUUGAGCAGUAUGCAAGAGAAGAAGGACCAGCUAAGAAAGAUGGUGGUGCAUAGUAAGUGAGACUCUUUGAAGGAUGUGAAAUCAAAGAAAGGAAAAGAGGCCACAACAACCAUAUUGAGUCCAACUUUUUGGAAGGAUGUCAAGCUAACAUUGGCUGUUUUUGAGCCAUUGGUCAAAGUCCUUUGUUUGGUUGAUGGGGAUGUGAAGCCAUUCAUGGGAUUUGUUUAUGGAGAACUACUAAAGGCAAAGAGAGAGAUCAAAGAGGCCUUAGGCAAUAUGGAGUCUCGGUUCAAGGUUGUAAUGGCUAUUAUUGAGAAGAAAAUGGGUGGAAGACUUGAUUCUCCAUUGCAUUUGACAGCUUAUUUGCUGAAUCCACACUAUAGCUAUACUAACCCAUCAAUCUUUGAUGAGCCCAAAAUGAGUGAAGCCUUCAUAGCUUGUGUUGAACAAUUUUAUUAUCAUGAUGAGGACAAGCAAGAUCAGGCUGCCAACAUUGAAUUGAAAAAAAUUCAGAAUAGAGAAGGGCCAUUUAGCAAGAAGUUUGCAAGAACUUUUCAAAACUUUGACUACAACCCAGCAUCAUGGUGGCGGUUGUAUAGAACUGAAACACCAGUGUUACAGAAGAUGGCUACAAGGAUCUUGUCUUUGACAUCAAGCUCUUCUAGUUGUGAAAGAAAUUGGAGUGGGUUUGAAGGG